GUUACCCUUUUCACGGAUGAGCUGGGCCAUAUCUCCCACUGGAGAGCCAUCAUGGCAGGAAGCCUGGCUGGCAUGGUUGCCACCAUUGUGACAUACCCCACUGAUGUGAUUAAAACGCGGCUCAUCGUGCAGAACCGGCUGGAACCAUCUUAUGAAGGAAUUUUUCAUGCUUUUUACAAGAUUUAUCAUCAAGAAGGAUUGCGUGCACUCUACCGUGGUGUUUCACCAGCAAUAUUAGGUGCUGUCCCAUUUUCUGCAGGCUCCUUCUUUGUUUACAUCAGUCUGGACAAAAUCUGGCAAGAACCCAUAGUUCGUUUCACUCCUCUUCAGAACUUCACAAAUGGCUGUGUUGCGGCUGCAGUGGCACAGACACUUUCUUUCCCCUUUGAGACUGUCAAGAGGAAGAUGCAGGCCCAGAGUCCUUGUCUUCCCCACUAUGGAGGAGUUGAUGUCCAUUUUACUGGCAUGACUGACUGCUUCCGGCAAACUGUGAAGAACAAAGGUGUGCUUGGACUUUGGAAUGGACUCACACCCAGUCUGCUCAAGAUUGUGCCAUACUUCGGUGUUAUGUUUAGCACCUUUGAAUUCUGCAAGCGGGUUUGUCUCUACAGGAACGGUUAUAUUGAAUCUCCUUUAAAUUACAAGCUAACACCUGGCGUUGACCAGAGCUUACACCCACAAGAACUGAGAGAAUUAAAGCUCCUCCGAAGGGAAAAUUUUGAGCCAAGGAAAUCAGCGCUUGAAAACUGACAUCAGAAUGUCUGCUGCAAAUAUACAAAUACCUUUCUUAAGGAACUUUGCAAGAAAGACAUGCUGAGCUACAGGUACUGACAUUUCAGUGGACUGCAUGGUUCUUGUAGUGAAACCCCUGUGACAGGAAAGAAUAAAUCUGUAUUGCAUUUGCAGAAUGGAUAUAAGUAGACUGGCAAGCACAUACUGAAGAGGAAAGAUGAAUUUAGUUUGAAAACUCUAUACUACUGGAACUUGAAAUUACAUUAUUUUAGCUGCUUUUUAAUACUGAACAGCCAUUUGAGAUUAAACCACUUGCAGAAAGGCAAGAGAAUAGAGAUCAGAGUAUAAAUUGUCUUCAAAAACAUUAAGAAAAUGAAUUUUUUUAAAAGCAAUCUGAGAUACCAAGUCAGCCAAAAAUAAUAAAACAGAAUAAAAUAUAUGCAACAUGUGAGAUUUUCUACUGAAAUCUCCACCUUUUUUAGUGAUACUAAAAAAUUUAGUGUGGACGUGGCAUUCUGCAGAGUCAGAAUCAGUCUUAGUUCAGUAACACUCCCAAAUCCACUCCUCAGUUUUUGAGAUGUACUUGAGAAUAAUAAUUUUGUCUGAAUCUUCAGCAUAAAGAUGAACGUAUGCUGCUGCCACUGUGCUUUUGCGAAGACAGAACUGUAAUGUGCAAAAUGGACUGUAAUACACUGGAAUGACAAUCUUGCAAACUUAAGUGCAUACUCGGAAAUAUCCUCCCUUUCUCAUGCAUUGUUACUGCGUGUAUGUGAAAUACUUCACAUUUGAAAUAAUUUUCCUGAAGUUCUCUAACUGAAA